AGAGGGUCACUACUUUAGAGGAGCAUGUCGUGGCAGAGUAAACAACUACUCCUCUUCCUGCGGGAUUAAGCUUCCUCUUUUCUUUCCCUUCUCCUCUUCCUUUAUGCUCUUCCUUCGGGUAUAAGCUUCCUUCUUUCCUCUCUCUCUUCUUCGUUGAUGCUGUUUGAUUAGAGUAUUUAAGAAAAAAAAUUUAAAAAAAAAGAAGAAAAAAUAUAUAAAAUUAAAUAAAAUAUAAAUAUAUUAUAUUCACAUUUUUCCCGUCAUAUACCUCCUCUUCUUCUUCCUCAAUUUCCAUUCUCUCUCUCACAGAUCAGAAAAAAAAAAAAAAAAGAAGAAUAUAAAAAAAAACCCAUCAUCAACAAUGGCAUCCUUCAGAUCUUCUUCCAUACCCUGUUUCCUUUUCCUCUGCUUCGUCCUCUCAUCCGCACUCGACAUGUCAAUCAUAACCUACGACCAAACCCACAAUCAAAACAGAACCGACGCUGAGGCCAUGGCCAUUUACGACAAGUGGCUCGUUCACCACGGCGGUAAGGCCAGCAAUGCGAUCGGCGAGAAGGGGAGACGGUUCGAGAUCUUCAAGGACAAUCUCAGGUUCGUCGACGAGCACAAUGCUGCAGAGAACCGGACUUACAGGGUUGGGUUGAACCGGUUCGCCAAUCUGAGCAACGAGGAGUACCGGUCCAUGUUUCUGGGUGUGAGGAUGGAGACGAAGAGGCGGUUGUCGAGUCCGAAGACAAGCGAUCGCUACGUUUUCCGGGCCGGCGAUAAGUUGCCGGAGUCGGUGGAUUGGACGAAGAAAGGAGCUGUUGUUUCUGUUAAAGAUCAAGGCCAGUGCGGGAGUUGCUGGGCCUUCUCAACGAUUGCUGCUGUGGAAGGGAUAAAUCAGAUUGUAACAGGCGAUCUGAUCUCUUUGUCGGAGCAGGAGCUGGUGGAUUGUGACAGAUCUUAUAAUAUGGGGUGCAAUGGAGGUCUCAUGGACUAUGCGUUUGACUUCAUCAUUAACAACAGUGGCAUUGAUUCUGAGGAAGAUUACCCUUACCGAGCUGUUGAUGGCACAUGCGACCCCUACCGGAAAAAUGCCCAUGUUGUUAGCAUUGAAGGAUACGAAGAUGUUCCAGAAAAUGACGAGAAGUCGCUGAAGAAGGCUGUGUCCUAUCAACCAGUUAGCGUUGCCAUUGAAGCUGGGGGAAGGGCUUUCCAACUUUAUGAAUCGGGUGUAUUUACUGGACUCUGCGGGACAAAUCUCGACCACGGUGUUGUAGCCGUUGGAUAUGGUUCAGAAGACGGUGUAGAUUAUUGGCUUGUGAAGAACUCAUGGGGUCCCCACUGGGGUGAGAACGGGUACAUCAAGAUGGAGCGCAAUGUCAAUACAAAUAGUGGCAAGUGUGGAAUUGCACAAGCAGCCUCAUACCCAAUCAAGACCGGUCCAAACCCUCCCAACCCCGGUCCAUCCCCUCCAUCCCCAGUAAAACCCCCUACAGUUUGUGACGAUUACUAUAGUUGCCCCGGGGGAAGCACUUGUUGCUGUGUCUACGAAUAUGGUGGCUUUUGCUUUGGUUGGGGAUGCUGCCCCCUCGAGUCUGCUACUUGUUGUGCCGACCACUCUAGCUGCUGCCCACAAGAGUUUCCUGUCUGUGACACUGAUGCUGGGACCUGCUUACUGAGCAAGGACAACCCAGUGGGAGUAAAAGCGUUGCAGCGAGGUCCUGCUAACUGCGGUCGCCUGCAUGUCGGCAGAAUCAAGGAUAGCGCUUGAGAAGCCUCGGUUUGUCUUGGGUUUUCGGAGAGCGAAAUCAAAAAAGAUUUUUUACUCAUUUUGUUGUGGGAAAACAAAUGCAUAUUAUUGUUUGUAUGGCGCCCCUCACCUCAUAUAGUUUGCAUUUACUAACUUUGAGCUUUGUAAAUAACUUAUUUAGAAUUUCUCAAACAAAAUUACAGAAAAGGAAAAGAAUAUGGAGAUUUUAUAUGUUUUUCUAAA